AUGGAUAAAGAAUAAGUAAUACCCACUCUACAAUAAUAAGAAAGAGAGUUAGAAAAGAAGCGAAUAGGAAAAGGCUUGGAAGAACAUUUCAAAUUGUUUAAUGAUCUUUUGAAAUUAAAGUAAGCUUCAUACACUAAGGCUAUUAUAAUGCUAAUUGUUGCCUUUAUUCAUCAUAUAAUGAGUUAAAUUCGAUAGUACCUUAAUCAGUAUAUACAGAUAUAAGAACGUGAUAAAUAUUCAUUAUUCAUCCGAAUCUACUAUCCUUGAUUAAAUAAUAGAUUCCGGUACUUACUUUGACAUUCAAGGUUUACUAAGACAAGACAUUACAAUCAAUUAUAUUAUGCUUUCAGUCUUUUUAGUUGCAACAAUUGGUAAUACCUUGCUUUAUUUAAUUCUUUAUGUUUUACAAUCAGAUGAUUACAGAGUAAGAAAAAAGUUUAUUGGAAAAGUAAUAUAUAUACUAUCUAGAAAUUUGUGGAAUUAUCAGAAUGGUAUAUAUGGAUAUUCCAUUAUCCAGCCUUGGUUGUCUUUUUUGAAAACAUAGUUUGUGGCCCUACUAUGGAUUGUUCAUUGGCUUCAGAGAGAAGAAUAUUGAUUGUUAUUUCUGCUUUAGGGUAAUAUUCAAUUAUACAUUAGAGUCUUUUUUGGAGUUUUCAACAUAUUUUUUUUGAGUUUAUUUUUCCACAAUGAUAGCAGUUAAAAAAAAGAUUGUUUUAAUACAGAGAAUUCUAUCUAUUUAGCAAUGUUUCAUCUAUUUAGAGCUUUAUAAGCUUUUUUAAUUUCCUUUAAGUAUUAAAUUUAUUAUAAUAAAGAUCUAAUGAAUACUCAUAUCUUUGGAUAAUGUUGAUUUGUAUUUUUAUAGGUUAUUCCUUUUUUCUAUUAAAUUGUUUAUUUUAUAGUGGAUACAUGGCUUUUGCCACUUCUAUUAUACGUAAUACUUUUUUAAUUUUGUUAAUUAUCAUGGUCUCAUCUAGCUUUUCAAUGAUGAUAGAUGAAAUAUGUCGUUAUAACACACUUGAAUAACAAUUUGAAAAUGUUAGUUUAUUUUUUGCUAUGUCAUUCCUUUUUUUAGUUUGUUGCAUUAUUUACAAUUUAAGAAAUUCCAAUUAUGAAGAUAUUAAUUAUGAAAAAGCAAGUGACACUGAUUUUGCUAGACAAGUCUUUAUCCUCAGUUCCCUUCUUGAAGUUACUAAUUAAGAUAUAAAUGUGGAUUUAUUUUUUAAAGGCAUUUUAUAAAGACAUAUGGAAUAAGAAUGCAAACAUACAAUUAUAUAAGGUGAAGGAAGAUGUUUUUGUAAGAAAAAAAAAAUUUUUGAUUCUAAAAAAAGAAAAGAAGCUAUGUUGGAGGAUUGGCUUAUUCAUAAAAAUAUAUUUAUUAAAUUUCUAAUAAAAUCAUGGAUUGAAAUUAAACUUAUGGAUAAUCCUAAUUCUAUCGAAUUACAAUUACUUUAUGCUCGUUAUAUGUUUUUUAAAUUUCAAAAUCAUUAAAUUUCUUUGCAUAUUUUAAAUAGUUUAGAAAAACGAUUUCUAUUUAUUAUAAAUCGAUAUAAAGCAUAUUAAUUAAAAAUGAAAAUUAUGAGAUAUGUAAAACAUAGGAAUUAAGAAAGUUAUAGAGAAAAAUUAGAAAUCUAAAAUGCUUUAUUUAUUGAAGAUCUAAUUGAAACUAUUAAAUAGAAUAUUAAUAAUAUAAUGAUAUAGAAUUGUGCAUUUUGGAAAUGUUUAUAAAAAGAAGUAAUUGAUUUGUAAGAAUUGGAUGAUUUACUUAAAAGUUAAUUUGAAAAAAUUGAAUAAACAAAUAAUUUAUGGGUUUAGAUUCAAAAUUAUUUGGAUUUCAAAAAAAAAUGGAAAUUUUAUUAUGCUUGGUUUACUCUUUAUAUUUAGAAUAAGAAACUAAAAAAUAAAAUAUUAGAUAAUUUUUAAGGAUUAUCAGUAAAUGAGAAUGAUAUUUUCUCUGAAGAAGUUUAAGAAAAUAAUUUAGAAGAAGAUAUAGCAAGUGUAAAAUCAGAUCAGGAAUAAAAAAUAGAUAUAGAGAAAAUAGAUAUAAAAAGCAAGAAAAUAAUUUUUGAUAAAAAAGCAUGUAUUAUAUAAACUACUGAUGAUCCUGAUGCUUUAAUAAUUAAAGUAAAUAAAUAGUUUACAAAAAUCUUUGGUUACACUCAUGAAGAAGUCACAAAUAAAUUUUUAAUAGCUCAACUAAUGCCUGAUAUUUAUUCAAAAGUACAUCCAUCAUUAUUGAAUGAUUAUAAACUAACUGGAAGGGGUCAUUCACUCUAUUCAUAGAGAAAAGUGUAUUGUAUUCAUAAAAGUGGAUAUAUGUUUACUGCCUAAAAAUUUCUCAAAUUAUAUGUAGAUUUAAAUGGAUAAUCACAAUUUGUAGUUAUGAUUAGGCCAACUGAUUUAAAUAAUGAAAAAAAACAUGAUGUAAUAAUAUUAAAUUAAGAUUGGGAAAUUAAUGGUAUGACAUAAAAUGUGAUUUAAUCAUUAUAAAUAGAUUAAUCAUUAUUUUAAAAAUAAAAAAUGUAAACAUUAAUAAAUAUUUUAUUAUUUGCACCUAAAUUAAUUUAAUUUAGUCGAGCAUGUUAAUUAAUUAAUGAAGAGACAGAUUUAGAAUUGUUUGGAAUGUAAAAAAUUAAAAAGAAAAAAGAAGAACCUUUACUUAAAUCAACUAAACAUUUUAAUAAUAUUCCUGGUCAAAUUAAAAUAUAAGUAAAUAUGAUGAAUUCUGGUUCAAAUAAUUUGAUUCCUGGCAAAAGUGGAAAUGCAUUGUAAUCUGAUGUUGAUUUAUCAUCAAAUUAUAUAUAAAUGUAAUCUUUGGAAGUGCCAGAUGAUAAAUAAUUUUUAUAAUAAGCUAGUAGUGUUAGUGAUAGAAAUGAUGUUUAAGAAUUUAAACAUUAAAUUGAUUAAUAUUCUGAAAUGUAAAAAGAUAUAAAUGAAUAAUAAAAUAAGAAAGUUGAUGAGUAAAUUAAAAAAAUGUAUGAAACAUAGUUUUAAAAUAAUUAUAAAAGAAUUUAAACUAAAUUAGAUAAUAAUGCACAUGCAGGAGAUAUAAGUGAUGAUAAUAUAAGUAGAGAUGAAAUAGUUAAAUAAAAAGGAUAAUUUGUUUUGGAUGGUAAAGUGAAUAAUGGAGAACCAAUAUCAUUUCAUAUGAAAUUAUCUGAUAAAUUUUUGGCUGCAUGUAAACAUUAUACAGAAUCUAAAUAUAAAUUAUAUUAAAUUAAGAAAUAAUAAGAUGAUGUAAAAUUAUUAAAUUAUUCAAGCAUGUUAAAUUGGAAGAGAAAUAAGAUAAGGAAAAAGAAAAAGGGAAAGCAAAAGUUAAUGAGAAAAAAGUAUUUUUAAAAUAAGGAACUUAAUAAAGAGAAUUUAAAAAAAGAGCAAGAUUAAUGUUUUAAAAGGCAGCUGAAAGAAGAAAGAAUGAUGAAGAUAAAGGCUAUUAUGAUUUAAUAAAAGAGAUUUAUUAAGAUAUAUUGAAAGAUUAAUAGAAAGUGAAAUCAUUCAAAAUUAUUUGCACAAUCUCAUUCUACAAAAUUAGAGAUGAAAAAAUAGGAAUAAUGAAAGUUUCAAAUAUCUCAGAAAUACUCAAAAAUAAAAUUAGAUAAAAUGUUCGUAAGUAAUCUUAUAUGAUGUUACAUAAAGGACUUUCUAGAGGUACAUUAUAAUAAUAAUACUAAUUUAGAAAUGUCUAGACUUAAGACAAUACAGAAUAAUGAUGGUUAAAAAUACUUAACUUUAACUAGUGAUGGAGAAAGCAAAAUAAUUUCACCUCAUUUAUAAUAAAAUUCUCCCUUAAAUUCAAAUACCAAAAUCAAAACAGCUACAAAGUCAAAUGGAUUAGGAUAUUAAUUAUAAAAAGAAGAUAAUCUAGAAGAUUUAGAAGAAAAGGAUGCACUUGUAGAUUUUAAAGAUUAACCGAAAAUGAUUAAUUGGGAAACAUUCUAAAAUUAAUUUAAAAUGCAGUAAGGCACUCAAAGUUUCUCUUUAAAUGUUCUUGACAACAUUUUUAGAAAAGAAGAUAACAAUAAACCAAGAAAAUUACUUGUCAAAAUUUCCUAUCUGACUUGGUUUCUACGUUUUAUGUACCUUACUAUUUUAACAUUAAAUUUAAUUACUUAUUUCCUUAAACCUUAUUCAGUAACAUUAAUAUAUAUAUAUUAUAGGACUUUUUACCUAUUAAAACAUAAUCUGCACGCAUAUUAUAAUUGUCCCAAAUGCAAACAUAUAUUUUUGAAGCAUAUGAUACAGUAAUGGAUUUGCUACUCUAUAAAAAUGCAAAUUUUUCUAAUUUACUAGUUUAAGGAGUUGCUCUUAAUUCUUAAGAUUAAUUUUUUACUUAUUAAACUUAAUAAAUAGACCAAGGAUAUGAAUAUUUUAAAUUAUAAAUUAGAGAUCUUAAUUUAUAAGAAACAUUUUUGGAUGAAUCAAUCUUUUAUAGCAAGUCAAUGACUGAUGAAACUAUUGCUAAAAAUCAAAACAUACCCAUUGUAUUAGAUUACAAAGAUAUAUUUAGUAAGAUAAUAUUAAUAGAACAUUAAGUAUCUAUUUUAUCUCCUAAUGAUUUAAUAUAAUUGAAUGAAUCAAAUUCUUUGGUAAAAUUUAUUAGAAAUGUUACUAUUCCAACAUUAUACUUAUAAUUUAAUACUGCUGUUAUGAUUUUGGAAGAUCUUCUAACCAAUAAAGCAAGUUCAAUGUCAGAUUUUGUUAUCAUUAUACUCAUCUUAGAAUCUUGCAUAUUUAUUAUUGGAUUUUGUGGCUUAUUACUAAUCAUUUUAUGGAUUUGUCAGACUUUUAAAGCAGUUUUAAAAAUGUUCAUGAUGAUUAAAAAAAACGAUCUAAAUAAGAUUGUCAAAUAAUAGUAGUUCGUUUAAACUUAAUUUUAAUAUAUAUUGAAUAAAGAUGAUGAAAUAUCUGGAAUACUUUAAUUAAAUGAUAAAAGAUUAUAAAUUACUACUAAAACUAAUUAUUAAUAAUAAUAGAAUUUCCUUCUUAUUAAUGAAGUUGAAGACUAAAACCUUACUAAAAGAAAAGACAAAUAAAUUCUCGAAAAAUAGUUACUAAAAAAAUUAACCAUUAAAAUGUCUUUUAUCUAUAUCUUAUAUGUUUUGUUUUCAUCUUCUGCUUCUUUAGUGUUUUUUUUAACAUUAAGCAAUUCCUCCUAACAAAUAACCCUAUUAAUUAGUACUGGUUCUGAUUCUAUACAAGAUUUUAGUGAUAGUUAGCUCUUAUUGGUUUCAGUAAAAGAGAAAUAUUUUAAUCCUGACCAAUAUAAUCAAAAUUGUUUAGAACAAAUCUCUACAAUUCUAGAAGAGUAAAUUGCUGAUAUCAAAAGUACUCCUUCUAUUGAAAAUCCAAAUUAUGGUACAUAUUAUACAAGCUUUCAAUCUAUAUAUUUUGGCAAUUUAUGUUAAUUUCUAGUUGAUAAUUCUUAUUUGGAUACUGUAGCUGCUGCAGAUUGCUAAACAAUUCUAAAUGGAAAACUAAAACAAGGAGUCGUAGCAUUUAAUUAAUUGUAUUCAUCUGUUACUGAAGGUAUCUCUCAAUAUUAUAUUAAGAUUAUGUUUUAAAUAAAGAAACUCGAUUUGGUUAGAUUAAUUUAGAAACCAUAUGGUAAUACAACAUAGCUAUAGAUUAUAUUAAGUCUGCCUUCAAAGCUUUACUAACUUCUUGGUCUGAAGAUUUAGGAAAUCUAAUUGAUCAAUACACUACCCUUAUACUUGUAUUGUUAAUUGUUAUGGUUGUUUUUUAACUUUUAGUUUUUAUAACGAUAGCAGAAAUGUACUUAGUCAAUCAAUUGAACAAAUCUUUUCAGUUCUAUAGAAAAAUAUACAAGUCAUAUAUGCCUAAUGAUAUCAUACAAAAAGAAAAAAUUAUUAGAGCUUCACUUAUUAAAUAUAGUAUCAUUAAAAGAUGA